AUGGAAAGACAUGGUACUUAUAGGUACAUCACACAUCAAAAAGCUUUUUAAAUUUAUGUAAUCUUCCAACAUCUUCUUUCUCUUUAAUAAAAAAAAAAAUUAAUUGCUGAAAAACCAAUAGACUAUGUUCAUUAAAUAGUUAGGAUAUCUUUAACUAAAAAAAUAUGUGAUACAAUUAAGGGUUAACAUUUGUAACCGAAUUGUAUCAAUUCAAAUCGUUUCUACAAGGAUUUGAUAAUGUGAACCCAAGACUAAUACAUGUGUCAUUAAAAUGGUAAUUUAAUAAUUAAAACUAAUAAUAAUAAAUAAAGAAUUACUAUCAUCUCAAAUUAAAUGUUAACAUAAAAAAAAUUGAAUUAUGAGAGAAUAAUAACUUUAGUGGUUCAUAAUAUUUAAACUCAUUUUCUAAAGUGUAUUCAUUACUAUUUAGAUAAACUUAUAUGAUAGAAUUAGUGGUUUAAAUUCAAUUGAUUAAUUGAGCAUUAAAAUAUUUCUAAACAAGCGAAGUGAUAACAUGAGUUCAUAGUAGACUAAGUUUUAAUACCCGUAUUUUACUUCACAAAUCUCAUUGAUUUGGUUGCCUUAAUCGCUAUAUUUCUUAUUACGAUAGUUUUUGUAAAUAUUUGUAACUUCCACAAUAAUAUACUAAAUAAUAACUUCAUAUGAUGAAAUCAUCUUUAACCUUAUAUCAAUCAUAUUCAAAAGUAUACUUAAGUUGAUAUUUAAAUUGAUAUUAUAAAUAUUUCUGAUAAUGAAAACAUAGUUUAUUUAAUAUUCUUAUAAUACUAACUUUGUAAGUCUCUAAGUAUUUGGGUCUAGUUACAUACAAAAUUCGUAUCCUUCUUUACAUGAUAUGAAAACUAGCAUGUAGAAAAAGUUACCAACAUAAGACAAAACAUAUAUAAGAAAAAAACUUGAUAAUACGUUGGACGUAAUUUUUUGACUAUUUUAAGCAUGUAACUUAAGGAGAAUAUUUUCAUAUAAAAAUAAUUAAUAUCAUUAACAUUUUAAAUGAGACCUUAUACUUCAUAUCAUUCUUUAACAUACAAAGCCACUAUAAUAAUAAAGUUUCCACAUAAUUGAGCAUGUAUCUUCAUAUUGGAGGAAUCUAGACACAAAAUUUGUAAUAAAUUUUGUCUAAUGUAUGCACUCACCCCAACCUCUAUUCAUUAAUUUAAGAGAAACAUAUUUGGAGACUUAGGUCACUAGAGGUGUGAAUCUAGUGGAGACUAAAUGAAAUAUUCGUGUCAUUGAAUUUUACUCACAUGCUAAGCAUAUGGUCUAUGGAGAGUGUAGUAAGUACGGUGUGACAAACCAAGUAGUUGGUGGUGAUUGAAUAGAAUAUUAUAAAUUAGAUAAAAUAUAACGUACGCUCUCUACAUUUUUCAUGUUUGUAUUACUUAACAUUUACCUUCGCAUGAUGGUCUGGUUAUCCUAUCAUAUUUUCCCAACCGCAUGUUGCCUUCUUGUGUUCAUGACAUUUUUGCUUUAAGUAUAUCUAUAAUGGAUCUUCUUUGAGUGUUCGUUCUCUUUGAUCUAUCAAUUAUAACUUUCAAUAUAGAGUUCAAGAAUUUCUAAGAGCUUCAUUUGUGUCCAUUAACAUGCGAGUUUUGGACUUCCCACUUUCACAUUUCAAUUUUUCGGACUAUCUCUUUUAUAAACUUAAUGUUAUAUUAUUAUUUAUUUUUAGAGGGCCGAAGCCCAUUGGGAUAGUGCCAUUAGGAUUAGAUACGGAGCCCACGCUACAUAGUUUUGGGCUAAAUCCCGCUUUAUUGUCUAGAGAUGAAGCCCGCUGGACAUUAUUUUGUGAGCCAAAGCCAAGUUGUAGCGUUCGUGAGAUGGAGCUCGUUGGAUCAAAUUUUGUGCUGAAGCCCAUUUAUCUGAUUAUGGGAAGCAGUCCGUCCAUUUGGCACAGUUCUAGGCAAUCCAUAAUCGGUCAUUAGGAUGUCAUAAGGUCAUAUAAGACAUCAGCUCAGUUGGGGAUGAACCAUUGGGACGCUUGAGGUCCACGCUUGAGGUCCACGCAUGAGCCCAUCAGUUCUUGGGUCGGAGCACAAGGGAUGAACCCCAGUGGAACGACGAGCACUUAAACAUACUGGCUAGACCGUGUCGGAAAUCUCGUCGGGCAGAUGAAAGAUCGGACACAAAGCAAACUCCCCUACGAGAACAUCCAACGAGACAGACCGGAAAUCACAACAGCGGUGGAAAUCACGAGUCUUACAUGGUCCUAUCAAUAUAACCCAGUGAAUGCAUAAAACCUAGAUAGUGAAGAGAAAAUAAGUGAUUUUGCGAUGGGUCGCGCGUUGCAGGUGCGGAAAGAGGGCGGUUAGUUGUACUCCUGGUCGGCCUCCUCUUCCUCGUAGUCUCCCUCCUCGUCGGCGGUGGCGUCCUGAUACUGCUGGUAUUCGGAGACCAGGUCGUUCAUGUUGCUCUCCGCCUCGGUGAACUCCAUCUCGUCCAUGCCUUCCCCUGUGUACCAGUGCAAGAAUGCCUUCCUCCUGAACAUGGCCGUGAAUUGUUCGCUGACUCUCCCGAACAUCUCCUGGAUAGAUGUGGAGUUGCCGAUGAAAGUGGAUGCCAUCUUCAGUCCUAUGGGUGGAAUGUCGCACACCGUGGACUUGACGUUGUUGGGGAUCCAUUCCACGAAAUAGGAAGAAUUCUUGUUCUGCACAUUGAGCAUCUGCUCGUCCACUUCUUUGGUGCUCAUCUUCCCUCGGAACACGGCAGAGGCCGUGAGAUACCUCCCGUGACGAGGAUCGGCGGCACACAUCAUGUUCUUGGAGUCCCACAUUUGUUGAGUGAGCUCCGGGACGGUGAGGGCCCGGUACUGCUGGGAACCACGAGACGUCAACGGCGCGAAGCCCACCAUGAAGAAAUGCAGCCGUGGGAAGGGGAUCAGGUUCACGGCUAGCUUCCGCAGGUCAGAGUUAAGCUGCCCUGGGAACCUCAGGCAACAGGUGACUCCAGACAUUGUUGCAGAGAUGAGGUGAUUUAGAUCUCCAACUGCAACGGUGGAGAAAAUUAGAGAGUUCAUCCUCUGAACAAUUCUAUUACUAGCAAGGUGAAGAAUAGGGACAUACAACUCGGCGUGGUUAGCUUGAGAGUUCUGAAGCAGAUGUCGUAAAGGGCCUCAUUGUCGAGAACCAUGCACUCGUCUGCAUUCUCAACCAGCUGAUGGACGGAAAGAGUCGCGUUGUACGGCUCAACGACUGUGUCUGAUACUUUAGGGGAGGGGAAAACGGAGAAAGUUAGCAUCAUGCGAUCAGGGUACUCCUCCCUGAUCUUGGAUAUCAGCAGGGUCCCCAUUCCAGAACCAGUUCCUCCUCCCAGUGAAUGACAGACUUGGAAUCCUGCAAACGAAUCAUUUACCAACGAAAACUCGUGAUUAGAACAGAGUAUCGUAGAGCAUCUCCACCCAUGUGACUAACACUUAACGUUGCAAAAACGAUGGGAGAAUCCAGAAUAGAGGCUUGAAUAAAAAAAGGAAGACAUGAAUGAAAGAGACCUUCAUAAACCGCGAAAACACACUAUUCCUUGUGCUAUCAACAUGAGAAAAUGAUGCACUGACAACAUACCACUGUGGUUAAAUAAAUCAGGAAGCAAGCAGUUUGAUGUGGCAAGAGAAAUACAUUGAUGACGCAAGAAUAACCGUGGACAGGCAAGCUUUUUCUAGGGGCUUUGAAGUAGAAAGCGGAAGCCAUAAGAGAUAAAAACAAAUGAUUCACGUCCUAGAAACCUUCGGACGUUACUCUGAAGGGCGUAGGGAAGAGGAGAGAAUCGCAUACCCUGAAGGCAGUCGCAGUUCUCCGCUUCCUUGCGGACCACAUCCAGCACCGAGUCAAUCAGCUCGGCACCCUCGGUGUAGUGUCCCUUGGCCCAGUUGUUUCCUGCCCCAGACUGCCCGAACACAAAGUUGUCCGGGCGGAAUAUCUGCCCAUAGGGCCCCGACCGGACGCUAUCCAUGGUCCCAGGCUCCAGAUCCAUGAGGACAGCGCGCGGCACGUAGCGCCCGCAGCUGGCCUCAUUGUAGUACACGUUCACCCUCUCGAGCUGCAGAUCGGUGUCCCCGUGGUACCGCCCGGUCGCAUCGAUCCCGUGCUCGGCGCACACCACCUCCCAGAACUUCGCCCCGAUCUGGUUCCCGCACUGGCCCCCCUGGAUGUGCAGAAUCUCGCGCAUCUUCACCGGCACUGGGGGCCUCCUUCAACACCGCCGGAAGAGAGCGAGAGAGACGGAGACAGAGGUAGCGAGCGAGAGAGAGAGAGCGGAGAGGGAAAACGGAAAGUGCUUGACAGACGUAAUAAAGGCGGGGUAAGUUUCAAAAAAAUUCGCAAUAAACGCGGGUAUCGUGGCCGUCGGAGGGGGGAGGUGACAGGACAUUGGGCGGGAAAAGUCGCGAGGCGUGGGGGGCAAAGGGCGGGAAAACGGCGGGAAAACGGCGGGGGUGGCGGGAAAAGGCGCGGGUCGAAGGCCUCGGCCAUCUAG